CUACCCUACCUCAUCAUGACCAUAUGCAAUGCACCCUUCUCUUCCCACUUCUUCCAUGCCGCUUCCGAUCGCUCAACUUGAACGCCCCCUCCACCCACCCCUCUAAAAACACACACGCUCACUCUCUCUCUCUUUUUCUUUCACACACCCAUCCAGGGUUAUAGGCAUUGCCCGGUUUCGGAGGACCACAGUGACAGUUCGGUGGCGAGGAGGAGCACACCAUCUUCACCACCAUCUCCUAAAACCCAAAUUGGAUCUAUUCAACUCACGUGACUCACUUUUUGCGGGAGUUGAAGACUGGACUUAUCAUUUUUUGGCCUCGUUUUUUUCUUCUUAACUUACUCGCAGGUUAUAAAAGUUCGGAUUGUUAAAGGAGGUUUGCGCACCUUCCAGUAGUGGAUCCGUUUCAGGUCCGCUUCCGACCUCUCUGGUCGUGCAUGCUCGAAUUCGGAUUGUAAACACUUCCGCUUGACUAUUCGACUCCGCAAUGAGGUCGCUCAGCUCGCCGUAGUCGCUCUAUUCUCAUCCCCUGCUACCGACGAGACGCUUUCCCCUCCAUCCGGAAUCAAGUUCCCUCAUCGGCGGGAAUCGAGUGUCCUCGUCCGUCCGUGUGCGCGGAGCUUCCCCGCCCGUGGAGGCAUGGAGGCUACCCGGGCGAGAGCAACGGGAGGACCCGGGGGUCGCGCGCGCUACUGGGGGACGCUGGUGCUCCUCCUAUGGGAAGUAUGUCGGAGUCACUCUGGAUCUUCGGGUCCCGGCCAGGCAACACCGGACUCGGCCCAGCCCCGUUUUUCCACUUCACUUCCUACCUAUCUGCCUGUGCAGUGCCACCUAAGCGGUGCCGAUACAGCCUUCUUCCUGCGCGAAGCUCACCAGGAUGUUAUGCGUAAUGGCAGCCUAUCAUCACGCACUGAACCUUUCUUCCUGCAUCGGCUGGAGGCAGGUUUGGCCGCCCCGCAUGCCCUGCCCAGUGUGGCAUGCAGCUACGCCAACAUGAGCGCUGAGCAGCAGAUCCCUGUGGAGCUACUGCAGGGGCCACCACCUAGUCUCCAGCACACCGCCAGUCACAUCACCCUGAACUGGAAGGUGAAGGGCCAUGUUGUGGUGUCCAAAGUGGGGUCCACACAACCCUGGAUACAGGUUCUGUUUUAUUUGGUGGGCCGGCGUUGGGACGAGCCUGACCCAACUCCUCCGAGCCUCCUCCCAUGUGUCCGAGCCUUGGCGGUGCGAGACCCAAUCGAGGCGUCCCCCUCGGCUGGCUGCCGACUGGUGGGGCCAUCGGGCAUCUGCGUGGUUCGUUUGGAAAUCCCCCCAGCUUGGUUUGUACCCCUUCAAGCCAAAAGACGACCGGCUGAAGGGACACUGCCCUCCCUGGAUGUGUACUUCUCUGUUAUACCAGUAGAGGGACCAAGAGUGGAGUGUCCUUCUUUUGUAAAUGAACCCUGGAAAAGUCCAAAUGUGAAUACUGGGCCUCUUGGAGGUCUGGGCAUGAGCCCAUGGAGCCCCCUGGUGGAAGGAGGUCUUCAGGACAUGCAGAAAGCUGGUUCAGUGGCUAUGCGCGUGGGCCCAGUGGCACCCAAAGGGGAAAUGCUCACUCUGGACCGCAAUGUGGACAUCCUUGUGCCUCCCAGCCCCGUCCGGUUGGGGAAGAUGGUGGCGUUCGCUGUCUAUAUGAAGACUGAGUCGCUUGCUGAGCAAUUCAUCCUGAGGGUGUGGUUCCAGUCUGGCAUCAGCUUCCUGGCGGUGAAGCCCAGCGACUUGGUGGCCUGGGAGAUCAAACAGGAAAUGGCGCCUGGUGGAGGAUCCCUGGCCGUCAUGUGCCAGAGGAAGUCAUCUUCCACCACCACCGCGAGAUUGGAGAGUCCAUCAUAUGAGGUGAUGCAGUUGGACUUUGAGGUGGACAAUGUGAUCACGUUGGCCCCCACUCAAACUUUGCACUGGAGCGUGGAGUAUGCAUCGGGAGCUCCGUCCUCAGCGGAAAGAGUGUCGCACAUUUACAUCAGCAACGAUGACAUCCAGGGCAUCGUACCACUCGCACAGGACACAGAACUGUUGAACACGGCCAUUCUGACUGGACGCCGGGUGUCUGUGCCUGUCAAACUGGUCACGGUGGGGAUGGACGGUCAGGUGAGGGAAGUGGACGAUGCGCACAGCUGCAGCUCGGCUGAUGUCGACGUGCUCAAGGUAUCACCAAACUGUGACGAGGUUCUGGUGAAUGGCAAGGAGAUACGCGGGCGUCACAGUGUGUCAGUGGCUUUCGCGUACAUGCACUUGACGGCCAAGCUCCUCCUGAACGUUUGGGUGCCCAAGCUGCCUCUGCAGAUCCAUGUCUCCGACACCGAGCUUAGCCAGGUCAAAGGCUGGCGUGUGCCUAUCGCCCCCAACACAGCUACCACCACCAACUCCAACAGUCGGAGGCCUACAAGAGAUAGCGAUGAUGACGAUGACGACGAAAGGAAGGGCAAAGGAUGCACGCUGCAGUACCAGUACGCUCUGGUGAGGGUCCUCACUCACUUUGUGGCCGAGCCUGCCGACCCAGGAGGGGAGGUGGUUCACAUGCUGGGUGCCGACUGGCAGGCUGACAUCACUCACCUUGUCCUGGAUCAGCUCAAGGUGGAAGAUGAACGUAUCGCCAGGCUAGUGGACGGACGAGUUCUCAUUGGACGAGACUUGGGCAUCACCACCAUACAGGUGUUGUCGCCUCUGUCUGACUCCAUCCUAGCGGAGAAAACAGUAACCGUGUUGGAUGACAAGGUCACCAUCACAGACAUGGGAGUCCAGCUGGUUGCUUCUCUGUCUCUCGGCAUGGCGGCCGCUGGUGGAAAUUACCAGGCCAUACAGCUGAGUGCUACUGCCAGUGACCUGAUGCACGCACCCAAACAGGAAGCAGCCAUCAGCGCAUGGAUCCACUAUAGCGAUGGCUCGGUUACGCCGCUCGACAUCUAUGACCCCAAAGACUUCCUGCUGACUGCUGUGUCAUUGGACGACAAUAUCAUCUCCGUAACCAAUCAGGAGCAACAGUGGCCCGUGGUGAUGGCAGAAGGUGAAGGCCAGGGUCCGCUGGUGCGUGUGGAGAUGGUGAUCUCAGAGACAUGCCAGAAGUCCAAGAGGAAAAGUGUACUGGCUUCAGGUAUUGGCAACGUUGCAGUCAAGUUUGGUGUUUCUCGGAGUGACGGAAGAGGAGAAGAUGGAGACAGAAUUCUGGAGGAAGGAGGCGGAGCAGACAAUGGCACAGAACAGCUGAGAGCUGGAGACGGAACGGAGUGGAAAUCUAAAAGUGUAGCAGUGGCUGUGGACCGCGAGGAAGGAGCCAUGAGGAAGGUCAGCCUAACGACAAAGAGCACCGUGACCCAUCGGUCAUCAGGCGGGAAAGCAGGAAGCGGCGGUCGCAUCGGGAGCGGGGGUCCGAGCCAGGCCGGGGAUUAUGCCAGCUACCCGGCACAAGUAGAGGUGCCCGGACCCGCGGACAGUGAGCUGACCCAAACUACUAGAGGACUGUCUGACCUGGAGAUCGGAAUGUACGCCCUCCUUGGGGUCUUUUGUCUGGCCAUACUUGUCUUCCUCAUCAACUGUGUCAGCUUUGCCUUCAGGUACCGACACAAGCAGGUACCUGUGCUGGAGACGGGCGGCAACAUGAACCACGCCCACGAUUGGGUUUGGUUGGGUAACGAGGCCGAUCUCCUGGCGGACCACCCGGACCACACCGACCCGUGUCCGGGGCCGCUGCCCGACGAGUGUACCACCAUCAUCGACCGCAACGAGGAUGCCUACGAGGAGAGCAAGUACCUUCUUAAUGGAUCAGGUGCCCCCUUGGCCGUAUCCGCCAACAGGGGCGGCGGGGGGCACCGAGGCGUCUCCCGCAGCCAGACCUUACCCCGAUCCCUCCAGGAUUCCCACCAGUGCCUUUCCGCUAUCACCUCCGCCCGACACGACCCCGAGCAUCUCAACAACUCCCCGAGGGCGACCGCCAAGCGCAAACGGGUCAAGUUCACGUCGUUCGCCACGGUGCUGCCCAACGACCAUCAUCAGGGAGGGGGCGGCGGCCCGUAUGCCAACCCCUCAGUCCUGCUUGGAAAGGGCGGUGAGGACGACAUCAAGUGGGUCUGCCACGAUGUGGACAUGGGCCAGUCGGAAAUCAGGAGCUACAUGGAAAGGCUACAAGACAGUUUGUGACUAUGUGGAGGGACAAGGUGGUGGACAGAAGACCAGGGGGGUGGCACUCAGGAGUCUGACCAGUCAAAAGACAAUUUGUUCUGUGAGAUGAGGCAUGUGGGUUGGGGUGAACCCAUGAAGACAAUUCACCUGUAAUGCCUUUGGACUGAAGGGAGCACAGGAAGGAUGAAUGCAAAGGAAAGGACGGCCAAGAAUGUUGUGCAACACAAACAGAAAGUGGCUGUCGGGUCAACGCAAUAAAAGACAAGAAUUCCAAAUGAGAGCAAGGAAAAAAAUAAUAAUAAUAAUUCGUAGGGUGUGCCAAGACAAGUGUACAAAACGACCAUCGAGUUGGCCCUUUUGUUGCCAUUUCCGGGAAACCAUUGUGCUUUUCACAAUAAGAGUUGCCAUUUGCAAGUAAAAGAAAAUCCAACAAAUUUUAUUUAGAAAUGUUAUUGUCUUGUACAAUGAUAUAUUUUGUUCUGUGAUCAAUUUUUAAUAUACACAGAAAAUGUUUUUUUGUUUUUUUUUUUGGGCCAUUUCCUGUGUACAAAAUAGCUCACUUGAACCAUUUCCUGUGUACAAAAUGAAAUUAUUUAGCAUCAAAACAAGAUUGUGUUACAAGAGGCAGUCAAACUUGCAUAAGGAAAUAAGAAAACAAAAUCAUUAAAAGCUAUUUUUUUGUAGCCCGUGCUGAGACGAGUUUAGGAAAGCAACCAUUACUGUUGCCAUUAUUGUCGCCUUUUCAAGAAAACCAUUGUGCUUUUCACAAUAAGAAUUUCCAUUUGCAUAAAGUCAUUUUAUUAUGUAAUAUUUAUUUCAAGUUAAAGAAAUCAGAUUCAUGCUGGGGCGCUGGAAGUCACUCAUAGCAGGGGGUGCUGAGUAUCUUAUUCUGAUUUCCCAUCCAAAAGCAGCCGUUUCGGUCCAAAUUUGUCAUGCUUGCACUUUUUCUCCAUACAAGGCGUGCACAAUGGCAGUAUACACGCGUGCUGGAUCGUUUACAUACUACUACUAGGUUACUACAAAGACAGUGUUCUAUAUCACCUACAGCGUAUUUUGGAGAUUUUGGCUACGUCUACACUACGACGGAUAAUGGCUUUAACGUUUAAUUUGUUGGACUAUACGGCAUGUCGGCUACACUAGUGUGUUUAUUAUGUGGAUUAGUUGUUAGACGGAUAAUAUAGGUGGUUAACAUUACACACUGUUUAAUAUUGACUGCUGUCUCCGUACAACAAUCAUAUACUUAGGAAGUGACGUCAUGCCGUCACCAUUUUUAGUGCGGCAUAAUGGCAACGAUCACAACGUGGCAUUCCUGCCCCUCUUUUCUUUUCCAAACAUUUUUCUUAAACCUUCAAACUACGUCGCAAUAACAUGCUUCAAUUCAGUGCCCAUUUGUGGUCCUCCCAUCGUGGAUGAUGCGGGGGAAGCGUUUUUUUACAUAGCUCGUCUCCCGCGUUGUCUCUGAUCAGCCAGCUGUGGGGCUGGCCCCUCCCAACUCAAUGGCGACCGAACAUGAGUAUAUAAAAAUGCGUAGAGAAAAAUUAAACUCCAAAAAGUGACCUGUGUGGUAUCCCCAGUCAAAAAGGUGUGCGAUCAGUUUUUUUUCAUGACAUUUCUGCCUGUCAAAACUGUUGCCACUUCCAGGAUUGCCGCUGUUGUGCACAAGCACUCCUGGUUGCGGCUUCCAGGAAAUAUACACAGCGCCACACCAUAUGCUUCUAUUUGGUAUUUUCAUAGUGGUGAGAGCGCAACUGAGCAUUGAUUGUAACAUCCCAAGUAACGAUGUCAGGCCUUCGUUGUUAUGUAAAGCUCGUAAGAGCCGAAGGAGUAGGUAGAAAGUCGGUUGUGUGCAGAUGAGUGAGGUAUUGUUCGUGUUGCAUUCAAAAACUGCUCAGAUUUCUAGCCAUCAGCCACCUUGCUGUCCGUGACAAUGAGGAACCCAGCACGUCUACUGUACAUCAUUUGAUUAGACUCGUCAAGUGCUGAUGUACACGAAAUGGUGCUUUAUAUUUUCUCCAUAUGUGACGACCAAUCGUCCCCUUGUGUUUUAUUCCAACAUUGUUGAGGACAGCAAGGUGGCUAAUGGGUAGAAAUCCGAUCAGUUCUUGAAUGUGACACGGGCAGCUAGCCAACAGAGAAACAGGCAACUUUUUUGAGAAAAACUACAAAAGUAAAUGAGAAAGCCCUUCAAAGCCAGUUAGCUUGUUGCUGAACUUGUUGCUAAAUCCAAAAAGUCCCACACUGUAGCAGGGACAUUAAUAUUACCUGUCUGCAAAGCCCUUGUCAGCGAGAUGCUCGGCCCUAAUGUGGUUAAAGACAUUGCUAAAGUCCUCCUGUCUAAUAAUUCUGAACUUUUCAAGCCUAACUGCUCUAAGAUAUAAAAACAGAGAGACACUGAGAGCUGUUGAAGAAGGGUCCUGCAAGGAUAUCGGCUUUGUAUUCAUCUAAACAGGCUUAAGUUUCACACUGAGAAAGUAUAAAUACUGAGAAAUUAUUUUAUAAUCAAACAUACUGUAAAGAAAGAAAUUUUGGAACAUUUUUGGUUUGUGGUGUGCCGCGAGAUUUUUUCCAAAGUAAAAACGUGCCGUGACUCAGAAAAGGUUGAAAAACACUGGUUUAGAAGGUGUAGUAAUUUCGAAAUUUGCCGCCGGCGAGUUUCCGGAUCAGAGGGCGAUGACGUAACAUAUGAGGCUGCUCCUUUCUACGCAUGCGUGGUUUGCGCAAAUGCAGGCGUACCAUGCAGAAGCGGGGGGGCCCUAAACGCACCUUAAAUGUAAGUGUGGACAGGUAUAAAAAUAGUCGGCAAAAUAUCCUGGAGAAAAUUAUCUGUCCUAGUAUAGACGUAGCCUUUGUCUUGGAAAUAAAAGCGCCCCGUGUAUUAUAAUGCAAAUCCCCGCAGCUAGACGGUGCAAUGACACACAAACACAUUUGAAAACUAAGAGGCCCAAUAAGCCACAGUUUAACCCUUUUUUUUACAACCCUCAAAUAAAAUGCACAUGAAUAUCCAACAGCAGGGCGGCAUUUAAACAGCAACAUCAAACAAUAAUAAGGCUGCAAUGCAUAGUACCGUACUGGCCCGAAUAUAAGACAAUGUUUUUUGCAUUGAAAUAACACUGAAAAAGUGGGAGUCGUCUUACAUUCGGGGUCUAGACAUUAUACCCAUUCACAACGCUAGAUGGCGCCAGAUAUCAAUUAAGUGAAUGCUGAACUUGAGUAAUGUUGCGUCAUGACAGAUCUCAGCUACUCUCAAGUUUAACCAGUUUAAAUUAUUUUAUUGCAAUGUUUUUCCUUAUUCAGAUUUGUUUCAAGACAAGACAGUUAGUUUGACCUCACUUUGAUAGUUAAUGCAGUUAAUGCAAUUUUAUUGUUUUAUCACAAUAGAAUGGUUUAUUUACAUUUCAAAAACCAGAAGCUAUUCAUUUACGAAUUUGAUUGCACUUUCGUUCACAUAUUUAAGUGUUCAGAUAUUAAGAUUUAAAUGAGGCAAAAUAACAUGCUUUUUCUCGCAAAUACUGUAUAUUGUUAUAAUCAUUUGUUUCAGAUGCACUGUAAUUAUUUCUGUAUAAAAAUUGAUUUGGUGUUCAAAAAGUCUUUUUUCAAACUUCACAGUCUUGAAAAAGAGGGGGUCGUCUUAUAAUCAGGGCUUUCUUAUAUUCGAGCCAAUACGGUAUUUGAAGUUCUCCGCGGUCUAAAUCUGCAGCUUUAUUUGCAACUUUUUUUCGCUGGCCACUAUUAUAAACUGUUAUAAUCAUCUUCAUUUUUGACCUCGAAUUGAAUUUUAGAAAAUUUCGCUGUUUUUGUAAAGAACAAAAUCGCUACUUCGUUUUUAUACCAUGUUAACGCCUCCUCUGUCAACAGUUAACUUUUCCUUUCCAGUAGCGCCUUAUCCAACGUGACCUGGUAGCAAGCAAGGUGUCAGGUGGUGACCAUGUUGUUAACAAAGAAAAAACUGCUUUCAACGUAUAUAUUUAAGCCCCAAAGUUGAAUACGCUAUUGUUUCAAUGUUUUAUUUAUUGAUUUAUUUUUAACAAAAAAUAAGAAUCUACCAAAACAUUUUUGGUUGGUUUUUGGUUGCUGUAGCACCCUCACCACCCCUCUUCCGGCGCCACUUGAUUUAUGAUCUAUUUUGAAUAUUAUCAUUUUUGUUGUUGUCAAUUCCUGUAUUCACAAUUUCUCAACACAGCCAUUUCUUGUCUACAAAAUCAAAGACUUUUGUCAUCAGAAGUUCGGAGGUGUGGGGAAGGAACUUGGACUCAAACUUGCACAAUUAGCAGCAGGAAAUGAUCUGACUUCAUGUCAUUUCAAACUAAAAUCAAUGACAGUGCAGGGAGCACUUCCUGUUGAUUCUGACCCCUCCUCCAAGUGGGCGAAAAGACUGCGCCCUGUUGGGGAAGCUAUAGCGAGAUGAUGGACCACUUACUGAAAGUUUUUUUUUUUUUUUUGUAAACUUUAUUUUGGGAUAUAGUCUGUUUUUCCUUGUGUUCUUCACCAGUGUGUUGGUCUUUUAUUUCAGAGAAGAAUAAUGAUUAUUUAUUUAAAUUAAGCACUGAAAUGAGUUUGUGUGGGUUAACACAUGAGUUGUGGGGAUCACCUUGGUUGUGUUGUGUUAUAAGCUCAGGUGAUGACACAGAGAAAAUUGACAAUAAAGAGAGACGACAUCGUUAGAACGGCAAUAUUUAUUAUUUGUAAACAUGAGUCAGUGCAAUGUAAUCAAAUGUUGUAAAUAAACAGGAUCAACAACAAA